AGGUCUUGAGCCAAGGCUUGCAAGCUAGCGAUACGAGCGGGGUUCAAUAUCGUCACUCAGCUUGAGAAGCAACCAAAGCGACAAGGCGAAGCGUGUUUUGUGGCAUUUCAAGAUACGUGACCCAUAAUGGACGAUUGUGGUAGAUGAGAAAGCAAGAAGCCAGUCACUCACCAAGCGAAAGGUAACCGCUGUUGCUCGUGCCAGACCCGCCCAAAACGUCAUAGUCUCAACCGACCAAACCAUCCAACAUAGUACUCGCCAGUAACAUUGAGGUCAACAAUACUCUUUCAGUCACUUGAUCAUUUCCUCCAUCCCUUAUUACAAGAGUUUCCGCUCUUUGAGCCAGACUAUCAGAAAUACGUACGUGGCCACAAAGUCAUGGGUCGCACCGAAAAAUCGCAGGGUUUAGCGCCACCCGCCAUCCGCAAGGAUAUUCGAGCCAAACAGGCGCGGCAUAUCGUCAACAAAGUUGUCCCAGCAAUCUUGACGUCAAAUACAAGAGCCAGGAGAGGUGCGGACGGAAGUGAGCUUAUUACGAACCCUGGACCGAUUGGAACAGUGGGGCAGGAGAGAGGGAGUAGGGACAGUGCACGUGUUGAGGUUGGCAAAGAGACGGAAUAUGUAAAGAGGAAGGGACAAGGAAGAAGAAAGGCCAAAGGCGCGAGGCUUGAAGAAGAAGAGGCGGAUGGCAGGAAUGGUGAAAAGAGUGGUGAUAUGGGGAAGGAUGCUGGUAAAGGUAAGGGAAAAGCAAAAGGCAAGAAACAGAAUGAUGCUCUCAAGGAAGAAAUUUCAUACCUCAACUCGAAGACAGCUGUUACGCCACCACCUGUUUUGCCGAGCAAACAACGCAGUAUACGAAUCGUAGCCACAGAUAGCCUUACAGCUGCACAUAUGCUUUCUCACCCAUCUCUGUACAACGAAUCUGCCACUUCCGCGCCGAAACAGCUGUCCAAGAAACAACCAAAUACAUGUAUCCUAAACAUGGCCUCUCCCCUCCGCCCAGGUGGCGGCCUCCUAACGGGCGCCACCUCCGCCGAAGAAUCCCUUUGCGCGCGUACAACACUACUCCCUUCACUCAAGGAAUCAUUCUACCGCCUUCCAGAAUAUGGUGGCAUCUACACACACGACGUACUUGUGUUUCGAUCUGCCCUUCCGCUCGGCGACAACGCCGGUGAGCUGCCUCCCACCGAGCGCUGGUACGUUGACGUUAUCAGUGCGGGAAUGCUGCGCUUCCCCGAACUAGAGGGGGAAGAAGAUGAAGAGAAGAGGCUAAGUAAGAAGGACAGAGAGGUUGUUGAAGCGAAGAUACGAGGUGUUCUGAGGAUAGCGGAACAGAAGGAAGUGAAGGGGUUGGUGCUCGGAGCUUGGGGCAUUGGAGCUUAUGGAAAUCCAGUGAAAGAUAUCGCAAAGGCUUUUGCAAAGGUUUUGGGUGUUGGUUCUUCAUCGUCAGCGUCCACCGGAAAGAAGAAUAGCAAGUCGCCAUCGGUGGGUAUCGAGGCAUUUCCGGCCAUUGAAAACAUCAUGUUUGCGAUUCCCAAUCGUAAAAUUGCUAGCGAUUUUGCUGCAGCGUUUGGUGGCAGCAUUCAGGUCGAAGACGGCCCCGGCGCUUCGAGCAGCGAUGACGACAACGAGGACGGCGAGGAAGAUGAAGUGGCAGAGGAACUGAGAAACAAGAUACAAGAGAUGGAAGGUCAAAUCAGUAAGGUUUGGAACCCAGACCUGAAGGCGAGGCUGAGCUCUAUACUGGAAGGCUUGAAAGCGCAAUUGAGAGAGAGAGAAGGCACACCCGGAAUGAGUAGUAUUGAUGGUGAUGAUGAGGACGAAGAAGGGGAAAUUGAAGGGAGCGAGGAAGAGGGAGAAGGCGAUGACACAGAAGACGAAAUCCGCUCGUAUGGGAGUAAUGAGAUUGGCUGUUACCACCCGAACCCUCACGACUGGUAAUAAGAACCAGUACACUGCUAGUAAGAAUAUAUUGAUGGGUAUCUCAAAAUUUCUAUCUUCUAAAAGUCUCUUUUAUACAGCA